ACAAACUCACAUAUUUCAACAGUUUUGUGGGUUUAAUUAAUUAAACACAUUUUCCAUCUACCCUGCCCAUCAUCAUCUCCACUACUACCAGCUAUGAAGAUCUUUAAUUGGAUACAUGGAAAGAUCCAUGGGAAGCAACCCAUCAUCACCACCAGUACCAGCAAACCAUAUCCUAACACAACGGCAUAUAAAGGGCCAAAAGAAGAAUUCAGUGACUGGCCUAAUGGAAUAUUACUAACCAUUGGCACAUUCGGGAGCAAUAAGCAGAAUCAUAAUACUCAUCUCAGCAAAGAUACAGAAGCUUCUCCUCCCGGCGGCGGUGGUGAUAAAGAACGGCAACAAGAACCGCCGCUUACGGUUGAAGAAGUCGGAGAGCUUCAUAAAGAGCUCAAACUACUAAUGCAUAAACAUCCCGUUAGGGAAAGUAAUAAUAACGGCGGCGGCGAUGAGCUGGAACAGUUUUUUGAUUGUCUGGAUGAUGAGGUGGAAGGGGAUGGAAUAAUACGUGACAUCAUUUCAUCCGACGGCCAGGAUUGUUCUGCCUUCCGCAGGUUGUUUGGGAAAGCUCUCCUGGCAGAGAACAGUUACACUACUGCUAUGAGCAGAAAGUCACUCUCUCUUUUCUUCAAGAAGUCCAUUCUCUGCCGCGGCGGAUUCGUGGCUCCUCAUAUUCCCCGUCCUCCUCUUCUCCCCGAAGAUGCAAAAUCGGAGAAGUCGAGAAUGGACAAGAUUCUGAGGUCAAUAUUGCAGAAGAAAAUAUACCCACAGGGGGCUACAAUGCCGAGGUCAUCCCAAAAGAAGUACAAGCUGGAGGAUAACACCUUAUAUUCAUGUGAGAAAUCUGACAGUAAUGAAGAUAGUGAAGAAGAUGAUGUGGAUGAAGGAGUGGGGAAAGGAAGCGGUGAAGCGAACAGCAAAUGGGUUAAAACGGAUUCUGAUUUCAUUGUUCUGGAGUUGUGAGAUUCUCCUCUUCCAUAAUUGGGCAACGUCGGGAGAUCCCAAGAUGAUUACAGGUGGCUGGUGAGGACAUGAUGAUGGAUUAGUUGCAACUUGCAAUUCUUGCAAGCAUAACCGACGACAUGAUACAACAUUUUUCUGAUCGAACUCUGAUACUACUUUGACAUGACUUUUUGCCAUGGCUGAUCUCAUUAUUGUAUACUACUAGUAGCAUAUUGCUCUAAUUUUGAUGUUCCAAUUUCUCUUUUGAUCCUUUCAAUAUUGUUGCUUUUUGGAAAUAACACCACACAAUAAAGUGACAAUUACUUAAUAGAGUACAACUUUGUCCC